AUGGUAGGAGCAGCCGCAUUGCCCCUAUUCAUCCUUCUCUUCAUCUCAUUAACAGAAUCAAAGCUCACCACCAACUAUUACCAGAAGACUUGCCCUCAAAUGGAGCAGAUCAUUGAAGACAUCGUCAUCACCAAGCAGAUCAACAACCCCUCUACCGCUGCUGGCACCCUCCGCCUCUUCUUUCACGACUGUAUGGUCGACGGCUGCGAUGCCUCCGUCAUCAUCACCUCCACCCCCUCCAAUAAAGCCGAGCGCGACCACGACCUCAACCUCUCCCUCUCCGGCGACGCUUUCGACGUCAUUGUCCGCGCCAAAACCGCCCUCGAACUUUCCUGCCCUGGCAUCGUCUCCUGCGCCGACAUCCUUGCCCUCACAACCCGCAACCUCGUCAGCAUGGUUGGAGGGCCUCGCUACGAAGUCCGCCUCGGCCGUAAAGACGGCUUCGUUUCCCUCGCUUCCCACGCCGACGGUAACCUCUUGCAUUCCACCGCCACCGUCUCCGAACAGAUCGACCUUCUCGUCUCCAAGGGAUUUUCCGUACAGGAAAUGGUUGCCCUUAUCGGUGCCCACACCAUCGGUUUCGCCCACUGCAAGGAGUUUGCACAGCGCAUAUUCAACUACAGCAAGGACUCCCAGACAGAUCCGACCCUGAACCCACGCUUCGCCGUGGGUCUCCGCAACGCCUGCGCCAACUAUGAGAAGAAUCCCACCAUGGCCAUCUUCUUCGACAUCAUCUCCCCCGGUAAGUUCGACAACAUGUACUUCCAGAACAUGCCGAGGGGGCUGACCCUGCUCCAAUCGGACAACGCUUUAUUGCUAGACCCUAGAACUAGGCCCUUCGUAUUGAAGUAUGCCUCCGACCAGGUCGCCUUCUUCAAUGAUUUCUCCCAUGCCAUGCAGAAGCUCAGCAUCCUUCAUGUCAAGACUGGUCAUGAGGGAGAGGUCCGUCGCAGAUGCGAUUCCUUCAACAACAUUACGAGUUAGCAGAGAUGAGAUUGAUGAAACUC